AGUACUCUGCCGCAGCUUCCGGUCUGGGUGUGGGAGAACGUGAUUGACCAUCUGUGGGACGACCAGUGGACUUUGCGGAAGUGCAGGCUCGUCUGCCGAGCGUGGUACCCUCCCUGUCGCUUCCACUUGCGCACGGACAUCACGAUCUAUAGUGUCAAGGGUGUGAAGGCAUAUGUGAAGGAGCUGAAGCAGGCGCCCGAGCUGUCGAAGUGGCCGCACGAUAUGACCAUAUUGGGUCAUCUGAGGACAGAUCUAUCAGCAUUGUCGCUGGCGGCGAUCCUGCUCGCUCGCAAGCUGCCCCGGCUGGAGACGCUUACAAUCUGGCAUUCAGAGUGGGAGCCGUGGACGAUGCACCGCGACGUCUUCCUGCAUCUCUCUGGCUUCUCUGUCACUCGCCUCCAUCUCUAUGAUGUCAGAUUCCCGUCGAUCACCGUCUUUGGGCGCUUCGUCUGCGCGCUGCCACGCCUCGUCACGCUCACAUGCUGGGAUCUUGAAUUCACACAUUACCACUUCCACCGCGAUACAUUU